UAAAUCUCUUACAACCUCGGGAGACUAAAAAAAUAUUCAGUCUAGGAAGUCUCAUGAUCAUCCUUUUCUAUGCUAGAAUUGACCUUACCCCCCUAUGAGACACACAAUUUAAUGAAUUUGCAGAGCCAAAUUAGGUUACGUGUGUAGGCGGAGGUCUUGCUUCAUCACCAACGUCACACUCUCAGUCUUCUCUAAAGCUCUCUCUCUAUCUCAGUUUAACAGUUUAACUCACCGAAAAUCAAAGAGGGGUUUGGAAUUACAAAAAAAAAAAAAUGGAGUUGGAUGUGAGAGUAGUCAGUGGAAUUGAUAGCUGUUUUGUUUCGCUCCCACUUUCACUCAUCCAAACUCUUCAAUCAACUCGCUCUUUUGGUUCAUUACCUCCUGUAUUAUCUCUUGAGCUUCGAUCUCAGCAUCAUCAAGAUGAUGAACAGCUUUGGCAUGUUGCUUGGUCUGGUUCUGCUUCCAGCUCUUCUUCUAUUGAGAUUGCUCAGCAAAUGGCAGAAUGCAUUUCAUUACCGGAUGGUGUUAAAGUGAAAGUUAGAGCUGCUGCUAAUUUGCCAAAAGCUACAUUAGUUGUGAUUGAACCUUACAACGAAGAUGAUUGGGAAGUUUUGGAACUUAAUGCAGAACAUGCCGAAUUGGCAAUUUUGAAGCAGGUUGGUAUUGUUCAUGAAGGGAUGAGGUUCCCUCUGUGGAUGCAUGGCCAUACUGUUCUCCUCUUUCACGUGGUUUCAACUUUUCCUAGUAAAUCGGUAGUGCAACUUGUGCCAGGAACUGAAGUUGCUGUUGCACCAAAGAGACGCAAGAAAAACAUUGAUUCCCAUGAGGAUGUCCCUGUACAAGGUUCAGAGGGAGAAGAAUCUGUGAGAAUGGCACUUUUACGCGUACAGGAUCCUGGCAGGAAAUCAUUCUGGAGAUCUAAGUUCAAUGGUGUUGACCUGCACAUUGGACUAACAUCUUUUGUCUUUAUUCAUCCCGAUACAGCAAAAAAAUGGACUUUUGAUAAUCUCCACCUGGUUAAAUUGUUACCUAAAGUGUCACCCAAGGAUAACCUGAAGACUGUUAAGACUAGUACCCGGAAGAUAAGCAAUUCUAUUGCAGAGGAUGGAAAAAUUGGGGUUCUACCGGAGGAGGUUUCUAGAUGUGUAGUUGUUCGCCUUCUGCUAUCGGAAUCCGUAGUCAGGGGCCAUAUUAUGAUUCCAUUGUGCCUCCGGCUUUAUUUGCGGGUGGGAUUACGUUCAUGGGUUUAUAUCAAAGAAUGCAGCAACAUUACACGGAGCAAUAGUUCUUUGCUGAAACUGUCUCCUUGUCAGUUCAAGUUGCGCGAGAGUGGUACUACUAAUAAGAAGGAUGAUAUGGGUUUGAUUGAAAGCCGUAGAAAAAGUAGGAGCAGAAGCAUGUCUUCGAGUUCGAAUUUGUUGACUGAUUCUGGAAUUCCUGAUUUCUCAAUAUAUGAAGAGCUUACUGCUGUUCUUUCUCGGGAGUCACCGAAAUGUGAAGUCGAAGAGACUAAACCUCAGUCUGAUAACGUGAGGCCUCAGCAAGGUCUUGUUCAUGCAUGGUUUAGUGCACAACUCGAAGCAAUUAUCUCAAAUACAGGAAUUGACGUGAAUUCAUUGGUUUUGGGAACCGAAACACUGCUUCACUUUGAAGUGUUGAAUUCUAGUUUUAGGACUCAUGUAAAGGAGCAACAAUCAAUUGACGGUUCUGGGGAAGGUAGAACUAGGACUGAAGAACCUCCAAUUGAACUCUUAUAUCUAUUGGCUAAUUCAGCUGAAUCUUCUCCUAAUGGUGGACCUGGGAUUUACGAGUUUUCCCUUAAAGAUGACAAGAACAGCAUGGACAAUCUCAAUCACCUUGAAUUAUCAUUUGCAAAGAUGGAUUUGGGAGAUCCUAUAUAUCUUGAUUCAGUCAAGGAGAAAUUCUUUGAGAAAAACUUCAGUUCAACUCUUUCUUCUUUAAGCUGGAUGCAAAAGGCUGCCUCAGAAAUUAUUUAUCGUUUAGCAGUGCUGUUAUCACCAACUUCUGGGAUAUUGUUCAACAGUUACACGCUUCCUCUUCCUGGGCAUGUUCUCAUCUAUGGACCGCCAGGUUCUGGGAAAACAUCAUUAGUGACUGCUGUCGCCAAGUCUUUUGAAGAGCAUCCGGAUAUUUUCGCACACAUUGUUUUUGUGAGUUGUUCUUCGCUUGCCUUAGAAAAGCUGCCUAAGAUUCAGGAAGCGAUCUCUGGAUAUAUAUCUGAAGCUCUCGACCAUUCUCCGUCUGUUGUCAUACUUGAUGAUCUUGAUAGUAUUGUGUCAUCUCCGUCAGACUCUGAAGGGUCUCAACAGUCAUCUUCCACCAUUGCAUUCAUAGAAUUUCUUACAGAUCUGAUGGAUGAAUAUGCGGAAAAGAGGCAGACUUCUUGUGGAAUUGGCCCUGUUGGUUUUCUGGCUUGUGCACAGUCUCUCGGAAAUUUACCCCAGUCCCUAAGCUCUUCAGGAAGGUUUGAUUUCCACGUGGAGCUGCCAGCUCCAACUGUUUCAGAACGUGGAGCCAUACUAAAGCAUGAAAUCUACAAGCGUUCGUUGCAAUGUUCUGAAGAUAUCCUGCUUGAUGUCGCCUCCAAGUGUGAUGGAUAUGAUGCAUAUGAUCUGGAAAUAUUGGUUGAUAGAGCUAUUCAUGCCGCUGUUGGUCGCUUUUUGCCGUCUCAGUCUGCUAUGGAGGAGCAUGAUAGACCUAUUUUAAUACGGGAAGAUUUCUUACAAGCUAUGCAUGAUUUCCUUCCAGUAGCAAUGCGUGGCGUUACGAAAUCCGCAUCAGAUGGUGGACGUACUGGUUGGGAUGAUGUUGGUGGACUUGUAGACAUCCGCAAUGCUAUUCAAGAGAUGAUUGAACUGCCUUCGAAGUUUCCUACCAUCUUCGCGCAAGCUCCAUUAAGGUUGAGAUCUAAUGUUCUCUUAUAUGGUCCUCCUGGUUGCGGCAAAACACACAUUGUUGGUGCUGCUGCUGCUGCGUGUUCGUUACGAUUUAUAUCAGUGAAAGGUCCAGAGCUGCUGAACAAGUAUAUUGGUGCUUCUGAGCAAGCUGUCCGGGAUGUUUUCUCGAAAGCAGCUGCUGCAGCACCUUGCCUUCUAUUUUUUGAUGAGUUUGAUUCCAUUGCUCCUAAGAGAGGUCAUGAUAAUACCGGAGUUACUGAUCGUGUGGUUAACCAACUGCUGACUGAGCUGGACGGUGUGGAAGUCUUGACUGGGGUUUUCGUGUUUGCUGCCACUAGUCGACCAGAUUUACUUGAUGCUGCACUACUGCGACCUGGAAGGCUAGAUCGUCUUCUUUUCUGUGAUUUCCCUUCACGGCGUGAGCGGAUGGAUAUUCUAACAGUUCUUUCCAGAAAGCUUCCUUUGGCUGGUGACGUUGAUUUGGAUGCCGUAGCAUCUUUGACUGAGGGUUUAAGCGGUGCUGACCUCCAAGCUCUCCUCUCAGAUGCACAACUGGCAUCAGUUCAUGAGCUCCUGGAAAGUGACACUAGUUCCGCUAGUGGCAGUGAACAUCAUCAUCAUCCUAGGGAAAUCCCAGUAAUCAGCAAUAAGCUUCUACAGACCGUUGCAUCAAGAGCUAGGCCAUCUGUUUCCGAGUCUGAAAAGCGAAGAUUGUUCUCCAUCUACAAUCAGUUUUUGGAUUCAAAGAAAUCUGUUACUGCUCAGGCAAGGGAUGCUAAGGGCAAAAGAGCUACACUAGCCUGAUAGCAUAUGUUCAUGUAUGGCCACUUGUAUUAGCCAAGCGAUCCUCCUCUCCCAAGAAGUCUGAUCCACUCGAUGAGCAAUAAUAAGUGUUCACAUUCUAAUAAUAAGAGUAAUAAUAAUAAUUGUCUCAACAGAAUAGUAUGGUGAUUAUGAUCAUUGUGUAAACUGCUCAUGCAGUAGCCGUUUGUUGCAGCCUUUUCUUUAGUUAGUGUGGAGAGAGGGAGGGUUUGUAUAGAUUUCUUGCCUGAUGCCUUGUUAAUUUAGUUUUUAGGAUUUAGCAACUUUCGCAUUGAAUGUGUCCUUCAAGUCAGUGGUUCACUAUAUGAUUUAAAUUCAUGAUGCUUGCCCUGGGAAAAGGCUUCUAUGUUUUGAAGUGCUUGGAGCAUUAAAGAUACUUACGAUGAGGUGUUCAUGUUCUCAAGAAGAAGCCUUUUUUUCUUUUUGUAGCAGAUACCUGUAUGAUAUGAUGCCUCGUG